AAAAUAUUUUGUUUCCUUUUUUAAAAGAUUUUGAAUAUGAAAUAACACAAUCCUAUUGGCUACCCUAGGGGGUGAACUCAAGAAUAAGUCUAAUAUAUAUACACUGCAAAAAGAGCUUCUUGUUCCUUUUUCAAUGUAAACCCUGUUUUUUUUCUUGAAUGAUGUUAGCUCAAUCUGUGUUUACAUUCUGCGAAGUCAUCACCGUUUCCAUUUUCGCCGUCUUCUCUCUUCGUCUCCUCCUAAGGUUCGUCACACGUCCAUGGCGUCGCCACAGCACCUUCACGUUCCGCAGCCGCCAGGAGAUAAAGACGGUGAACGAUCAUUUGUCUCCGCCGUAUUGCGCCGUCUGCAUGCAAGAGGCAGAGGAAGGAGACAAGAUGAGGAGAUUGGCGAUUUGUAGUCACUGUUUCCACACAGACUGUAUCGAUACAUGGUUUUGUGAGAUGACGACGUGUCCGUUGUGUAGAGCUGAGAUUCCGCCUUUACCUCCGGUGAAUCCUCUGCUCUUACUGUUUGUUUCUGCCGGUGUACUCGAUUUGUUCAGCAACAAAUAGUUCUGAUGAAACCAUCACCGUCUCGACGCGUAGCGUAGCCCUCUAGCUAAUCUCGAAUUAUAUGUUUCUUAAUUAUAUGUACAAAAUGUUGGCAGACCUCAGACGUGUUAGAUUUUCUUUUGAUCAUACUACUUUGCCUAACUCCACCACGACUAAAAAUAAUUGUAAAAAAAAGUUGAAAUAAACUUUAUCAAAAAAUAGUUUGAUAUAUUUUUGCUUGCUUAGCUGUAAAGUAAUUAAUUCAAGUAUUGUAUGCUAGCUAAAUCAAAAUAAAUGAUUAAUCAAA